AGCAUUCAGAGCCUGACGUUCAUUCAAUAAGCAGGCUUGUCUGUCUGGCGUGCUCUUUCGUUUCCCUCGUCUUCCUCCUGCUACUUGAGAGGUUGCGUCUUCUCUUUCCGCUGGAGGGAAAUAACUAAGGAUGUUAAACCAGAGAAUCUUCCCGGGCAUGGUUUUUCUCCUACUGUUUUUCUGCCACUUCAUGGAAGAUCAAACAGCACAGGGUAAGAUGCGCUUUUACGCCUUUUUAAUGUGCAGAUGUGCCUAUUCUGUCAUCCGUCUGCCUAGAGAGAGUCUGUCUGUCUACCCUUUCUGCCUUCUUCCCCCACGCUUUUCUCCAGAGACUCUCCCGUCAGAUGAGCUGACUGUGGAACUCAACGGGGCAUGCCUCUGAGCAGACAUGUCUGAGAUUUUGCAUGUCUACGGCUGCCGUCUCGGACAUAAAUAAACAAGUCCGUUCAACUCGCACUUGGACUUACUUUUUUGGGUGGAAACGUACUUAGGAUCGCUCUGCGCGGGCCCCUUGGCACAAAUGGCGCAGAGGUGACAGGGCGAUCCGCGUCUGGCCGGGUGCAUCGGGCAGGGAAGCUAGGCGCAAUCAUCAUUAAAAUCUUGAUUGCCUUCAUCAUCAUUAGCUCUAGCCCCUUUUCUCAAUAGCUUUUAUCUUGCAUCCCUAACGCGCUGCAGCUUAAAUGAGCCGCUGCACCAGCUCAGAACUUUUCUGAGUUCGACCACCACGGAGGUCUGGUUUUGAACAUGUGUGAAUCUGUGUGUGCUCCCGCGCGCGCCUGAGAGAGAGGGAGGGAGGGAGGGAGGGAGAGGCUGUGCAGUUUUGUUUUUGUUGUUGCAGCUUUUUGGUAAGGUUGCUGUUUAAUUUGCUAAAAUCAUCUUGGCGCGACGAGGAUGGGAAUAUGGACUCCGAAAGGAACUCAUUAUUAUAGCUCACACUCCUAGAGGAAAAGAGUUUUUUCAAGUUUGGAUAAUUGUUUUAUGUGCCCCUGCUUUCCUCCAGUUUUGUGCCAUUCUGUGAACUUUGGCAAAGGAUAUCUUAGGGUGAUUUUUUUUAUUUAAAAAAAACAACCCACAAUGUAACCACGUAUUUUCGCCCCCAUCUCCACUCCAGUAUUGAUUAGGUGUGGAUUAAGGGGUUAUUAGGAUACUUCUACAGUUUAGACUUGGGGCAUUUAUUUCUGUUUCCUUUGUGAAUGAUUAUGCCUCCCUUGGUGCUAUAUUGCAACCUUAGACUGGCAGCAGCUAAAAUACGAUAAUUAUUAUUACCAUUACUAUUUUGAAGUUUUGAGGCGGAUAGAUUUGGUACUUGGGACCACGUUAGUCGUGUGUGUGUGUGUGUGUGUGUGUGAGAGAGAGAGAGAGAGAGAGAGAGAGAGAGAGAGAGAGAGAUUUCCUUCUGAAUUCUUUGCUCUGGCAAAAUUCCCAUAUGGAUAAAGAAGCAGAAUCGAUUGCCACUGAGUGUUUGGAGGAGUCACAUUGGUGGUUCACGAGGGACUGCCCCCCCUCCCCCAAAUUCUUCAAUCUCAGAGAAUGGAGCGACAGGUCUAAUCAGUGUUCUUGGUUCGGAUCCAGAAGCAGAAGCAGCAGACAGCCGCAAGGUUGUUGUUGUGGGUAACCGUGUGUUUGUGUGCGCGUAUGUUCCCCCAAUUGUUUUUCUCUAGUAAACCCGUGUAAACUUGUGUAGCUUAAUCCGAUUCUUCUCCGCUUCCCUCCUCCUGCGCUUAGCGGUACGCGUGCACACUUCGGUCACUCACUACUCCACUACAAGCCAUCUAGUUCUUCUAUUGAUGAAAUCAGCAAAGUUUGAUGAUUUCGAAAGACUACGGUUUUAUCAUCGCUGCUACCACCGUUGCCAAAUCCUAUACUUUGGGUGGAGGAACGGGAAAGACUGUAGUGAAAUUUCCCCGUCGGUUGUGUGUGUGCCAACUUUUAUGUAUGAAUUAAGCAAGGGGGUGGAGUGUGGGAUGGACAAAUGAGGGGGAGAUAAUAAGCGUCAUUUUUUUCUUAUGAUCUUCUCCUUCCUUUUUUUUUUAAAAAAAAUAAUAAUUCCUGAGAUCUAUUUCGCACCCUUGCCACGUGCAAUCAAGUCUUUUCGGGCCCCCACCCUAGCCUACACGCCACACUCCCCUCCAAAGCUACAGCGCUUUCUCCAUAUGGAAAAGUAAGACGUCAAAUUGGCUUGAUCAGGUUAUUGGAAUAGCGCUUCCAUUUGGUCCAGAGGAGAAGCUUCAGGUUAUGAAACCGGACAAAUAAAAAGUAAACAGUCUAGUAAAAGUCAAUGAAAGCCGCACGUGUUGUGUCUGGGUCACUGGUAACUGACAUUGAUAUGGCUGGGUCUCUCUCUCUCUCUCUCUCUCCCUCUCUCUUUCUGAAUGCAGCUGGGAAUUGCUGGCUCCGGCAAGCCAGGAACGGCCGCUGCCAGGUCCUCUACAAAAAUGGUCUCAGCAAGGAGGAGUGCUGUAAAACCGGCAGGCUUACCACUUCUUGGACCGAGGAGGACGUCAGCGAUCACGUGCUUUUCAAGUGGAUGAUUUUCAGCGGGGGUGCCCCGAACUGUAUCCCUUGCAAAGGUGGGGGCCUCUUAAAAAUAAAAAUAGGAAAGGACUGCAUUUCUUCCCCAGGGGUGUUCACAUGUUGCAUUCAAUGAGUUGUGUGACAGCUUUGUACCUGUGUCCAGUGUAACAUGUGAAUGAAUCUGUUAAGUUGCACAGUGCUGAGUCAGACACCAUUGGUCCACACUGACCAGUAGUGUUUGCUCUGACCAGCAGCGCUUCUCUCUCCAAGGUCACACAGGCAGAACAUUUUCCCCAGUCCUGCAACCUGAGAACUCUUCUUAUCCCUGAAGCAGUCAGAGGUUGUGCUUGAGUUCUUCUGCAUAGAAAGCUCUAAAACUGAGUUGCUGCCCCUUCGUAGGAAGGAGGAGACCUCUCACCCCACCCACCGCAGCCUAGGGCUUCGUAAUUUGUGCCAAGGCUCAGAGCCCAGGCAUCUGUUUUCAGUGCCAUGGGCUCAAUCCUUUUCCACCCUGAGAUCAUCUGGUGAAGGGCGGGUUAUAUGCUGAAUAACUAACUAACCAUGUGAUACAUGUAGCAAGGCAGAAGAUAUUAAAGUGUCCCUGAGCUGGUAAGGGACGCGGGUGGCGCUGUGGGUUAAACCACAGAGCCUAGGACUUGUCGAUCAGAAGGUCGGCGGUUCGAACCCCACGACGGGGUGAGCUCCCGUUGCUCGGUCCCUGCUCCUGCCAACCUAGCAGUUCGAAAGCACAUCAAAGUGCAAGUAGAUAAAUAGGUAUCGCUCCGGCGGGAAGGUAAACGGCAUUUCCGUGUGCUUCUCUGGUUUGCCAGAAGCGGCUUAGUCAUGCUGGCCACAUGACCCGGAAGCUGUACGCUGGCUCCCUCGGUCAAUAAAGUGAGAUGAGCGCCGCAACCCCAGAGUCGGUCACAACUGGACCUAAUGGUCAGGGGUCCCUUUACCUUUGCCUGAGCUGGUACAGAGUGCAUUUGCCUUGCCGUUUGUUGACUAGCAAGAGCCCUACAGUAACAGAGAGGGCUUCCAGAUCUCAGGUUGGUGUCUCUAGACAGUCUGCCAUCCAGUGCCUCCUUCUCUACAAGAAAAUAAAUGCAUUGACCGUAACAGCUUCUCCUUAUAAUAGACGUGGCUAUUUUAUUUUAUUUUUGAAGGCGAGUUCCUGGGGCUCUAAGACUGCCUCGAGCUAAUUCUAGAUGUGUUUAGGGGCAGCUAGAGUUAUGCAGAAAUAAAUUCUGCAUGUGCUCUUCAUACCAGAGUCUGCAGGUAGGCUUGCCAGCAGUUCCCCCUGUGCCUCUAACAGCUGCACAACAAGCAGAAGUUUGGCAGGCCACCCUUUCCCAGCCAAUUCAUCUUCAUGCUGGGAGCAGCUUUUUGCCACAUGGCUAUUAUGGCCACGGGGCCCCUGCCAGGAACAACAACAACACCCCUGUUCCUCUUACUGACCACUGGAGUCCAAAGCAUGCUGUGAUGAAGACUCAAGUUGAGCUCUGGUUACAUGGGGGAACAUGGUGUGUGAGUGAGCAUGAAAGAGGAAGGUGGCAAUCACUACGAACUUUCUUUUGGUGGCAACAGUGUGUAAAGCUCCAUAGCUUUUGCUCAUCUGGUGCCUUCCAGGUGUUUUCCUGCACUGGCCGGAGCAGAUGGGAGUUGUAGUCCAAAACGUUAGGAGGGUGGCAGGAUGGUGAAGGCUGUUUUAUAAAGAACUAAGGUGUAGCAGGGGAUGCAGGUGGCGCUGUGGGUUAAACCACAGAACCUAGGACUUGCCGAUCAGAAGGUCGGCGGUUCGAACCCCACGACGGGGUGAGCUCCCAUUGCUCAGUCCCUGCUCCUGCCAACCUAGCAGUUCAAAAGCAUGUCAAAGUGCAAGUAGAUAAAUAGGUACCGCUCCAGCGGGAAGGUAAACAGAGUUUCUGUGCGCUGCUCUGGUUCGCCAGAAGCGGCUUCGUCAUGCUGGCCACAUGACCCGGAAGCUGUACGCCAGCUCCCUCGGCCAAUAAAGCGAGAUGAGCGCUGUAACCCUAGAGCCGGCCACGACUGGACCUAAUGGUCAGGGGUCCCUUUACCUUUUAAGGUGUAGCAGCAACUCACUUACCCAAGUAUCUUGGGCAGGAUUAUUCUAGAAUAAUAAUAAUUUUAAAAAGAAAUGGAUUGCAGCCAGGGCUUUUCAGAGAGGCACGUGCAACCUUGGGCUGUAUGUAACUUAAAUGACCUCCCCAAUGAAAGAGGGUAGAGAACAAAACCCAACAGGUCAGGAGUGCUGGAUGAGCAGAGAAGAUACUGCAUAGCUCAGUCAGUAGAGCAUGAGACUCCUCAUCUCAGGGUUUGAGCCCCAUGUUGGGCAAAAGAUUGCAUUGCAGUGGGUUGGAGCAGAUGAUCCUCUACAAUUCUAUUAUUCUAACGGACUGGAGAAAGGGAGGAGCUGAGGCAGAUUUCCUCAAAGAAGCAAUCUUUGACAUGCAUCUCACUUGUUAGUCCUGCGCAUGCAGUUUCUCGUUGGAGAUUAGCCCCUUUGGCAUGCCAUCAGACGAUUAAAAGGAUAGCAUGGUCCACCUUUUCAAUGGAGGGGGGGCUCUAAUGUCUGUUGCUACUGUCCAAUGCUUGCUAUAUUGCAGGCUAAUAACUGGGGAGUGCACAGACAUUAUUUUGUGCCUCAGAAUAAGGGGCAUUUGGGAAGGAGUGGAGUGGAUACAGACUUGUGCGUCACGUUGAAAGCAUCCGGCUCAGCAAACGGGAAGAUCCUGUGUUUUUAUUUUAUGGCCUUUUUGCUACGGCGAAGGGGAGAGGGGAUAACCUUCCUUAUAUUCUGGGUCAGCCUGUGGUUGUUUGUGAAGCUGUGGUGAGGACUCUGGGUGUUUAAUUAAAGCAAUGUCUCUGGGUUUUUCUUCCACCCACCCCGAACACUGCCCUGCUCCCUUUCCCGUUUCCUCUUUAGAAACCUGUGAGAAUGUGGACUGUGGGCCUGGGAAGAAAUGCAAAAUGAACAAGAAGAACAAACCUCGGUGUGUCUGUGCUCCAGAUUGCUCUAAUAUCACAUGGAAGGGCCCAGUGUGUGGCUUGGAUGGGAAAACCUACAAGAAUGAGUGUGCCCUUCUGAAAGCCAGGUGUAAAGAGCAGCCUGAACUGGAAGUCCAGUACCAGGGCAGAUGCAAAAGUAAGUUUGCAACUUAUCUGUUCUCUGGGUUGCAAUGCUGGUGGGGGAGAAGGUAUAUCUGGAAAAUCAGAAGUUGCUGGUGCUCCUGGUAUACUACUUAUCAUGGUAUAUAAUGCAGGAGAUACCAGUGCAGAAAAGUGCUUUGUGGAUUCUAACUCAAUUUCCCCCAGUAAGGACUGUGUACACGUCAUACAUUUAAAGCACAUGGCUUCCCCUCUAAAAAAGGAAAAAGAAUCCUGGGAUCUGUAGUUUGUUAAGGGUGCUGAGAAGCCUGUCCUACCCAUGUGUAACGGAAUGAGGUGGUAGAGUCCUCAGGCGGUUGGCUCAAGUGUUCCUCUUCAGGCUAUAGGUGGGGAAUGCCACUUGAAAAUUACCCUCCCCCCAACCAAAAAAACAAUUAACAUAUGUACAACUAAAACAUAUUUGCAAUUGAAAAGCAAGAAUAAUCCUGGAGAAUAGUUAAAGCUGAUCCUGCCCUUGAUGCCCUAGUUGUUUCCAUGUCCUGGGAGCUGUUACUUUUUCCACAACAGAACAUUCACAGUGUCACACUCAUCCACAUAACAGGGGGGGAUGUUGGUAUCAUGGCACCCCGGGCGAGAACAAAAUUUGGCAGGCACCCCUCCCUGCCUAAAUAUUUCUUAUUUUCACAAUAAUUCCUUUUGAUACAGUUGCUUUCUUAUGGCUCUUCUCAGUAGGGACCCAUAUAAAUAUAGAUGAUGAUGAUGAUGAUGAUGAUGAUGAUGAUGAUUAUGUGCCCUCUUGGCUUGGCAAGGGUUCACCACAAGGGGCACCGGGAUGCAGAGGAUGUGACACCUACUUCAAGUUUUAAAAACAUCAGUGCUAUCCAUGUUGUGGCUAGUAAACCAAGCAGGGGUAGGGAACUGGAUCGGGCCAAUGGGCCGGAUCCUUAUGUCCCUUUUGCCACCACAGAUAAGGGAAGGGAGACUUAAAACACAGCAAGUUCAUUCCCUGCCCCACCCCCACCUCGCUGUGUUUCAAUUCACAUUUGCAUGGUGUUGUUCACACCAGACAGGAGGCAGAUGUGUCUUCGCCUGGAUGCGCAUGGCUUUGCAACCCUGUCCACCUGGAAUUCCUGCUCUUGCAGCUGUCAUCUGCCUCAUGUGUGGUGGCUGUCUCACACAUACACAUCCUUCUUAAGUAUGAAGUAAAUGCAGCUAAUCAUAUUGAAGCUCUACAUGGGGCUAUCUUUGAAGGUGACUCAGAAACUCAUAACUCAUCCAGAAUGUGGCCACCAGACGGGGAACUGGGAGCAGCUGCCGGGACUAUAUAACUCUGGUCCUGAAAUAUCUACAUUGGCUCCCAGUACGUUUCCUAGCACAAUUUAAAAUGUUGGUGCUGGUGUUUAAAGCCCUAAACUCCUUUGGCUCUGUGUACCUGAAGGAGCAUCUCCACCCCCACUGUUCAGCCUCGACACUGAGGCCCAGCUCUGAGGGCCUUCUGGCGGUUCCCUCACUGCGAGAAGUGAAGUUACAGGGAACCAGGCAGAGGGCCUUCUCGGCAGUGGCACCCUCCCAUCAGAUGUCAAGGAGAUAAACAACUACACAACCUGCUAAAUACAUUUGAAGGCAGUCCUGUAACAGAAUUUUAUAUUCUGUUGGAAGCUCUCCAGAGUGGCUGGGGCAGCCCAGUUGGAUGAGUGGGGUAUAAGUAACAAAUUACAAUUAUUGUUGUAAGCUGGUUUGAGAAAAACAGCAGUUUACCUCAAGAAACUAGAGGAUUCACCUGGAUUGCAACGAACACAAUGCAUAUGCGACUUCAAAAACUGGAAGUGGGAGCCCACUGGAUGAAGACUAAGCAGUCUGGCUUGUUUUUGCCUGCUCACACUUCACAAGCCCUGAUGUGUGGGACAGACAGAUAUAUUUGUAGGGGUGGAGCAGGUGGGCCAGAAUAGUUUGGGGAAAACAGGCCUAAUUAGCCAGAAAUGGACCAGAGACUCCCCACCACUGAGACAGAGUGGCCAUCUCUUCACUAUGUUCAUUUCCAUUUAACGUAAAAAGCUACAAAACAACUUCUCAGUGGUUGUUGUUGGUGCCACAUGUUAUUCUAAGCUACUUGGUGGUGAAGGUGGUUCCUGUUGUUGCUCACAGGUCGUUCCCCCUGUCUAUUCUUUCAGAGACCUGUAGGGACGUUUUGUGCCCUGGCAGCUCCACCUGUGUGGUCGAUCAAAACAAUAACGCUAACUGUGUGACAUGCAAUCGGAUUUGCCCAGAGCCCACCUCCCCUGAACAGUAUCUCUGUGGGAACGACGGGAUCACAUAUGCAAGCGCUUGUCAUCUGAGGAAAGCAACCUGCCUGCUCGGAAGAUCCAUCGGUCUAGCCUACGAAGGAAAAUGUAUCAGUAAGUACCAUGCAUUGGGGGUGGGGAAAACCCGAGAGGCCUGAAUGAAGGAGGCUACACCAUCCAACUUGGGAUCUGUGCCUCAUGGGUGGAACCAGAUACUGUGAGGGAAACACAGGGCUCCCUGCUCGGUGUCUAGUGGAGAGGCAGCCACAGGAGAGAACUGGCAGGUGGAAGGAGUGUUUAUGGAAGGACCUUGGCUCAGUGAUAGAGCAUCUGUUCUGCAUGCAGAAGAUUGAAUCCCUGCCAUCUCCAGGCAGGGCUGGGAGAAAACCCAGUUUCAAUUCCUGGAGAACGGCUGCCUGUCAGUGUAGACAAUACUUGGCAUAAGCCACUUCCUAUGAUCCUGUGUUUAACCUUUACCCUGACCAGUUCUCCUCUUCAAGUCAUUUUAAAUAGAUUUUCCCCCACCUGAGGACACACACCCCUCCUUCCUGCCCACAGAACCUCUUCUGUGUGGACUCUCCACCAGUUAUCUUGGUAGGUUUUCUGAGUUCACCUCAGAUGAGUGAGGGCCAACUGUAUCUACUGAAGAGCGAGGAAAAUACUGUUUUAUAGAAUCACACCACAGGAAUGUAGGACUUUGAACACUCAAAAGGUGCUCUAUAAACUUUAAAUAUUACCAUUGUAAUCCCCAUUCUGCUUCCUCUUGUCUCACGGGGAAGUUUACCAAUGUGUGGGGUGGCAAAUGGUUGUGGGGCUACCCUAUUGGGAGCCAGAUAGCUUCCAUCAGUCGCCUUAACAAGAAGGGCAAUGAGUACCAUACAACAGCCAGUGUCAGAGAGUGUGUAUUCAAUAUUGGCUGGAUGAGACACCUGGAUUUGGGCAACCUGUAAGCCAGAGGAACCCUCCAGAGUGGAGAGAGGUUGCUUUCGGGGUAUCUGUGCCCCUCAGAUAUAGGUGGCAUAAGCCAGCAAGGCAAAUAUAUAUUCAUUUACUUUACACACACUGGCCCCCACAAUGAUUCUGUGAGGUAUGAUUUACAUUUUAAAGUUAAAGAACUAAAGGCUUUGAGAGAAAGAGGGUGUGAGAUAGAGACUUGCUCAAGGCAACCUGAUGACCCUAUUUCAAACCACAUUUCCUUGCCAUCAAACUACAUUUCUGUUACAAUUAAGAUGGCAAGGUUUAGAUCAGGGGUGAGGAACCUGCUGACUAAAUAUUCUAUCAUUGGUAAAUGUUGGCUGUGCAGGUUGGGGCUGAUGAGAACUGGAGUCCAACAAUGUUGGAACCUCAAGUUCCCCACACCUGAUUUAGUUGCUAAAUUGCUUAGAUGAAUCAAUUUUAAACAAUUACAUUGACUAAAAAGGUGCCCUGAGGUCAACUUGAAAAUUAUUUGUAAUAGCCAUAGUUACAUAUUAACACUGCAGAUAGAAAGUAUCAUCUUGCAAGAGGUAUUCUCUCCUAUGUGAAAAGGAAAUGCCUCUCAAAAAAUCCUCCAGCUUCAAGGCAUGUGUACAUCAGUCAAACCAAAUUUCAGCAUGCUUCCCUCUUAAGAAGUGCUGUGGCUGUUUUCCUCUCAUGGGAAAAUGUACAUAGAUUGAUGGGACAACCCUAAUAUAUAUACUCCAUGUCAAUGACUUGAGAUGUUAGGAAGCUGCAUGGAUUCCUCCAUGCUGGCCUCUGUACCACUAGUAUGGGGUGGCUCCACUGUGGCAGAGGUCCCAUGCUAUCAUACCCUCCAACAUUUCUCCAAUGAAAUUAGGGAGGUCCCAUUCCAUAAUGAUAUAUAUAUAUAUUACUAUUUAUACCCCACACAUCUUACUGGGUUGCUCCAGCCACUCUAGGCAGCUCCCAGCAUAUAUAAAAAACACAAUAAAACAUUAAACAUUAAAAAAAACCCCUUCCUUAUACAGUAAUACCUCUGCGAACGUCUGCCUCAUCUAGCGUCCAUUCCAGCAAACGUCCGUGGCAAACCCGGACGCGCGCAUGCGCAGACACGGCACUUUGCCCUGUGUCCUUUUCGGCUAGCGGCCGGGGCUCCUGAACAGAACCCAGUCGCAAAACAAGAUAAGACUGUACAGGACUGCCUUCAAACAGCUCGAGGGUCAGAUAACUCCAUAACCUCCAAUAUUUCUCCAAUGAAAAUAGGGACAUCCUAGGGGACAUUCUGGGAUCAAAUCAGAAAACUGGGAUGGCUUCUCUAAAUCAGGGACGUCCUUGGGAAAUAGGGACUCUUGGAGGGUCUGUGCUAUGCCCAAGUGGGCGCAAAAGCUCACGAAGCCCUAAAAUAGGGCUUUCUAUUAUGGGGAGCCACCUGCUUUAGAGCCACUGGAUCCAAAGCCCUGUGCACCCCCUGAGGUCCCCUGCCCCCACCAUCUAUGAGCUGAUCCAACUAGUAUUUGGAUGUGGUGGGGACAAGUAGACAUCUAUAGUGUUGCACUGUUAAUCAAUUAAACUAUCAGGUAAUAAUAAUCCCCUAAAAUUUCUCCUUCAUCCGGCAACCAUAAUCAUUCUAAUACAAUUUCUUUGCAACAGAAGAGGAGCAGAUGGCAGUUUAAGUGACAGCAAGGGGAGAGACUCGGGAGUUGGGCUGGUGCUGAAAUUCAUAAUUCCAGACUUGAAAAAUGCAGAUUUGGGUAACUCCAAUAGGAGACUAGUAUUGUGAGCCCAAAAACGCAAAUUUGGGUAACUACAAUAUGAGGCUGGUAUUAUGAGCCCCAAAUUUCUUCUCCGGUUCAGAUUUUAACCUGAGUCCAAGAAGACCUUCAGUUCUCCCUUCCAUCCUAUCACUCAGUAUGCCAAGGCUGGAAAAAGGUUUUUCUCAUCCCUUCUUUCUCUGAUGCUAUGGCUAUGCACGCUACAUGGCUUCACUACAAACUGUUAUUUCCCCAUUCCUGUGAGAGAUCUAGAUUUUUUAAGGGAGAAAAGCUAUUUUCGGUCCAUGUAAAAUAAUAUUCCCCAUGAAUUGUUGUUCAGGCAGUUGUUUCUAUUGGAAUCCAGUUGACUUCAACACUGAAGCCAUGUGGUCUGAAAACAUCUUCAAAGAUCUGGUAUCCUCAUGUAUUUGGGGUUCCAAUGGGAGGUGGGCCAAAGAUUUGUCCUCAGUAAUUGUCAGCUGAAUUAAAUAGAAAGUUUUAUUGAACUAAAACCUGGAUUUCUGGAUUCCAGGAAUACAUUCCUACUUGGUUUUUAAGCAAUUUUGGAACUUUUAGCAUUUUCUUCUGCUGUGGUUUUGGUGUGGAAGAUGAGGAAUGGAAUGUGUUGUGCAAGGGGCGCGCCAGUUUUUCUCUACUUUUUGGUCAAGACUAGCCUUUCAGUGGCAUGGAAAUUUCUACAGAAAAUCCACUUUUCUAAUUCCAUUUACCUGGCUGCUAUAUCUCUGCCAUUUCCCCUCUUGCUUCAACUUCUUGCACCUUCCUCAUAGAUCACCGUACCCACUGAGGAAUUAAGUAAUGAGAUAUCAUUACAACUUUGCAAAGUCAGUCAGAUUUGUAUCACAGAUGGCAGCUAAGGGUCAGGAUAAGUGAGGGCAACUGAAACAAACCUUUUUGCAAGGAGUACCCCCCAGAAUUGAGACUUUCGUCACAGGCAGAAAUACAGUCAAAAGCAGUUAAUACUUUCAGCCCUAGUUAACGCAAUAAUUUUUCUACAAAACCCAGUUCCCUGCUGAUUCCAGUAUGGAACUUGAAGAUACAGUGGUACCUUGGGUUAAGAACUUAAUUCGUCCUGGAGGUCCGUUCUUAACCUGAAACUGUUCUUAACCUGAGGUACCACUUUAGCUAAUGGGGCUUCCUGCUGCCGCCGCACCGCCGGCUGGCAAUUUCUGUUCUCAUCCUGAAGCAAAGUUCUUAACCCGAGGUACUAUUUCUGGGUUAGCGGAGUCUGUAACCUGAAGCAUCUGUAACCCGAGGUACCACUGUAGAGGGGUGGGGUUGCAUGUGAUAGGAGACGACUUUUGCCUGUUUCCACAGAAGACAUGCUCCUCUCCAUCUUCCAGAAACUUUCUCAUUCACCUUGGUGAUGCUUUAUAACUCUGUCCUACUGGGGAAACUUGGGAGUUCAGAUCAUUUGUUAAAGUUGUGCUCUCCCCUUUCUCCAAAAAGGGCAGGCUUUUGGGGAAAGGGCUUUUUAACCUCGUUCUCACAAACAGUGGAUAGCAUGUUAAACUCUCAGUGCUGUACCAAUUCAGAUUGCAGCUAUGGACUUACAUGAUCAAAUGCUUCUCCAUACAAUAAAUAAAUAAAUGUAGUAGAAAAGUAGAUCAAAAAGAGAACUUCUAGCUUAGCUUUUUUCCUGGCACUCUAGUUUUCUAGGGAUUUUUAUAGGGAGCUCUCUUUUUUUUUUGCAUUCAGCCAUUUGAGCUCAUAUAUACAGUCUCAAGAGGCAUUGUUCUGGCAAAGUUUUACCACCUCAUCUGUCAUUUGUGGGGGUCAGACAUUAGAUUAGCAACAUAUCCUGUGUCUUUUCCCCCAAGAUCAAGUGGUGUGCAUCACAGCUGAGCAGGGUUCUGAAUGUAUGUUUAACUUAUUUAAAUCUGGCACUCUAUAGACACUACACCUCAAUAGCUCCUUUGUACUUACAUUCCCUUACAUUAAAAGACUCUGUCCUGCUCUGCCACCCAGGCAGCUUUCCUAAGUGCUAUUAAAAGCACAUUUUAGUCCAGAAUGCAUCACUUGUGAGCAUUUACAAUGGAUGAUAAAAAGCACUUCAUAUUUUAAGUCUGUGACUUCUACAAGUGAAAAAUGCAGAACCCUAUCUGAACAUACCUGGGGAAAUCAGCCAAUUGGUGAUAUCUGCCAGUGUCAAAAUUAGUGACAGGGAACCAUCACUACCAACCCUGGUCAUGCAUGGUGCUGGGCUUGGAAAAAACAAAUUCAGAAAAAAUAAGCUGAGCCUGUUGUCUCCCUGAUGAUACCACUGAGAGCAUGGCAGGUUCUGGUCCCCCCCUCAGCUGCUUCAAUGAGCUUUCAAGUCAUUCCCCCCCCCCCAUUACCCACUUGCAUUCUCAUCUUUCUAGGGCUGCCAUAUGUCUGGAAUACGUCCAUCAAAAAUGGCAUCCAGGUGGCAUUUUUGGAAAUCAGUCAAUAUGUCUGGGAAAACCCACAUCAGUCCAUAUCAGAAGUGUGGGGUUUUUUGGCAAAUAAUUUUUUUUCCAAAAAAGCUCAACAACCUUUUUGUCUGGAUUUUCAGUUUUUGAAAUAUGGCAACCUUACAUCCUUCCAUUUAUGUUUGGUCAAGGGAUUAAAGCACAUAUUGGACAUUUAGGUUAGCACAAUUAAAGAAGAUUGAAGUGCUCUGUGGCCCUAGUGUAACAAAUCCACUUUAAAAAAUAUCAACAGACUUUCUGCAGUUAGGAAAGUGACAGGGAAGUACACUGAAAUUGUGGGAUGAAGGAACGAUUAACACGAAGCUAUAUAAACACUGCACAAGCAAAUCAGGAGGUCAACUGGGGAACUACAGGAGAUGAACAAAACAAGGGGACUUUCUUUCAUAUUCACCUCUCUUACGCCUGGACCAUUGAGAAAUGCAAUUUCCACAGUGCUAUACACAGCAUGGGGGAAACUAGAUCUCCCACAGGAGUGGGGGAAUAACGGUGCAGCCAUGUUAGCGUGCAAAAUAGCCAUAGCAGCCAAGAAAGAAGAUAAUACAAGUUUCAGCUGAAGGUUGUACAACUGAAGCCAACGGCUGAUGUGAUUCCCUAUAUAAUUUACUAAUUUGAUAAUCAGCUGCAAAUUAUAUAUCUUGUACUGAAUUUAUGGACAGAAAGAAAGGCAACAGCUACAAUCUAAAAAAGCACUUUGCAUGUGGCCAAGAUCUUAGAUUUUUAACUUUUUUUAACAGCAGCUCUCCCCCUGCCCUGCCUCACCACUGCCCUAUACAGUCACAUACACUAUACACUCCAUGCUAAAACAAUAAAGACUGCAGUGGAUCCUUCAAGGUAAAUAAAUUUGACCUGGUUCAUGCAUCACAAGCCAUUGUACUGAUUGCAUGAAAUGUUGUCCUCAGUUGGCUGUAAACAUUGAAGCUAAAGGACCUUGACUUGCAAAAUGUACAGCCUGUGACAUUUCUACGCAAAUUCAAACAUAGGCAAAAUGAGUACAGUCACCAUUCAAGACAGAGAGGUUUCUGAUCACGCAAUCUCCCCUUGCUUUGCCGUGCUAACCUAACACCUAGAGUGGGAGACAAAACUUUGAUCUUGUUUGGGCUCCUUGCUGUAACACGAGCUGAUUUUGCAACUCCUUCUGGUGUCAUAAGUGGUUUGCUACAUUAUCUGACCCUUCUGAGAAUGCAGAGCUAGUCAUUCAGUGUGACCAUUGCGGCUGGGUCUGCCACUGUUUAUAAAAAUAGAGGACUAAUUGAGCCCUAGAAAGCAAGAUGCUUCUCCCUCCCUCCCUCCCUCUCUCCUCGCAUGCCUUUCCCUUAAAAAUCCUAUUUUGAUCUUUGGUCUCAAAGAUCGAGCACAGGGGUCUUGGGACCAGCAGCAAUUACUAGUUUAUAACAUUGUGCCAGCACUGGGAGCUGUCCCUGUGCCCAGAGUUGGCUCAGCAGCUCAUGUGGAAGCUGUUACAUUGGCAGUAGGCCACUACCUCUGACCUGGAAGAUCAGUAUGACACAAGAGCCACAUAGCCCACUUCUAAGUCCUCCUGGGUUCCAUGGGAUUUGCUCCCUUGAGAGUAUGCUUAUGCUUACGGAUCUCAGUGGCAAAUGUGUGUCACCAACACCCCCUUUAUCAGGCAACCUAGGGCCAUUUUGAGGGCAGUCAUGUGUGUUUUCUUUUAUUCAUAGGGAAUGGGCCUAAAAAUUCACCUUGAAUCUCUGCCUUUUAAAAACCCCGGUUCCUCUCAAGGUCACUCUGAAUUCUCUCUGCUUUGGGUUGUGUUUCUAGUUCCCAGGCACUGUGUCUAAAACAACUCUGUGUUUCUUCAUUCACUUGUAAUGGGGAAUCUAACAUUAGCUAAAACUUUUCCCUUAUUUUGGCCAGAGUGGAUAAAGUUUGUAGGCACGGUAGUCCUUCCAGAGUGGAUUAUGCCUGUCAAAUUGUGGAUAAAUUGAUCCAAGUGGGGUUUUUUUGUGAGGGACAUAAAAGGGAUUCGUUUUCGUCCAUAAUCCUGAGUGGGCGGGUCUGUCUUUCUUUUUGAUGUGGCACUUCAGCAUGGGAGGGAAAGACUCCUGAAUCACUCUGAUUCACCUGGUUAUCCAGCCCACACAGAGAGCUGACACUCACCCCUAGUGCUUUCCUAUAGUCAGGCCCAGCCCUACCAAUAGGCAAAGUGAGGAACCCGCCUCAGGCAGCAGAUGCUGGUGGGUAGAAGCAGCAGCCACCCAGAGUUCCUCCUGAGCUCUGCAGCCAUUCCCUUGUGUUGCCACACAGCCUCUCCUGGCCUCUCUAGGUGUGGUGAAGAGUAUUAUCCCGUCAUUAGUGUGGAAGUAAGAUUCAACCACCAGCACAGUUGGUUUCUGUGUGUGGAGUGUCACCACCUUGUCCUUCACCCCAGCCAACACAAUUUUAAGGGCUGGCACUUUCUGUGGUGGCUGUUGCCAAUAAAUCAGAUUUAUAGGAUUUGGCCAUGGCAAGGGUUUCAGCUUGAGCCAUUACACCCAAAGGCAAGUAGAGUAAAACAAUCCUGAGGCCAGCAAAGGAACAGAUGGCACUCCUCAACCUUCCAUGUUCAGAAAGUAGAGCAGGCUAGCAAAUGAAUCUUGUUUCAGAACAGGAGAAGGAACAGGAUUCUGCACCAAACAGGAGGAUAGCAGUAUAGCUUAUGGGGUGCAGGGCAGGCUGCGUAGACCACACAGCUCUGUCAUCCAUCACCUCACUGCUAUGCCUCUCAGUAUCCAGCAUCGUGACCCUGUCUCUCUACCUAGCCUGAGCAGACAGCAUUGGAGGCUGGUCUGCUAGGAUGAAUGGAGCUCUGCCUUACCAAUCUUAGUCUGUCCUCUGUCAGCCCCCACCUCCUAAUAAUCAGUCCAGAGAGUGGCACUAGCAGUCAGAUUCCUCUUUGUCCUCCAUCUCUUUGCACUUGCAGAAUUCAGUAGGGAGGAGGAUGGGGGCAAAACCAGAAUUAUUUGGCCCUGCCUAUCAUUGUCUCUUGUUCUACCUGCCGUUGACUCUGGUUGCAUCUACUGUUGGCCUCCCUGCCAGUCCUAAGGGGCAUCAGCCUCUGCUGAUUGAGAGUGUUGGAUAAGGAAACCUCUCUGAGAUUGCACUCACAACCUCCAGUGGCUUUAGCUGAAACUCUCCCUCUUCUAGCUAAAACUUUCAGCCAGGGCCCCACCCUCCAUCAGAAAACCAGGAGACAAGUAAAACUCAAUUUUAAGUCCUAGCUUCUCCCCACACCUCCAGCUUCACUGCCUCCUGUUGGGCAGUCACAGGGUUGUUGUUUUUUGGAAUCGUCUUUGUGACCCUGCAGAAAUUGUCAGAAUAUAAAGUCACAGUUACUUUGCUUUUGUUCUUUUUUUUAAAAAAAAAACAAGCAAGCAAACGUCAACCUCUUUUCCCCUCCCCUCUUUUUCUUUUUUUUUUUAAUGAAAAUCUCUUGUAGAGGCCAAAUCUUGCGAAGACAUCCAAUGCAGCACCGGGAAGAAAUGUUUGUGGGAUUUAAAAGUGGGCAGAGGCCGGUGUGCCCUCUGCGACGAGCUCUGUCCCGAAAGCAAAUCGGAUGAAUCUGUUUGUGCCAGCGAUAACACCACUUACCCAAGCGAAUGUGCUAUGAAGGAGGCAGCGUGUUCACUGGGUGUACUUUUGGAAGUAAAGCACCCAGGAUCUUGCAACUGUAAGUGAGAUUUUUAACCUUCCCAGGAACGGUUAUCUUCUGAAGGCAAAACAGCCCCCAGUUUAGGGAAGACUGACACCCUUAUUAAACAUGAAAGGGAACAUGAGAGAGAUCUUAUGCAGAAAGAUUUAUAUAUUAUACAGACGUCUUGUGGUUCGUAAGGCAUAACAGAUAGCCAACAGCGGACAUUUUGGGGAGCCUUUUCUCAUUGUAGGAAAGGGUCUGCUUAACAUCAGAGGGCUGCCUUAAAUGCAUCUUUCGGGCGAUUUCCUGCCCUCUCUUAAUAUCGUUUGCUUCAGUGUGCUUUGCUGUUUGCUUUAUUAACACUUGGCUACAAUCUAAUCGCACCCUCCCUCCCCACUCCCUCCUGCGACCCCCCUAGCUUAACACUUAACCACGUGGGCUGCUGUCUCCUUGCAGUUGCCUCUGAAUGAAGGACUCAAAAAAAUAAAAAUAAAAAAGCAGUUUAAAAAACCUAGAACACAAGAGCACUUUUUAUCUAAUUUCAGGAAUCUGCCAAUAAAACCUGAGCCAUUGAGUCUUCAGAACUUGCUGCAGUUAUGACUUCAUAGAUUAUGUAACACACACACACAUGCACACAAAAACUUUAUUGCGUAACAGCAGAUGCCAAAGCGCAUCUCACUACAAGCCACGCUUAAAAAAAACAAAACAAAAAAAGAGUAAAAAUGCAACUCUCUAUCACGGCUAUGCAGGGGGCUUUGAAAACAUGCUCUGAGCUGCUUCUGCGCUGUUGUUGUCCGUGUUUAAACAACAGCUCCCCUGUAUUCUCCUAUCUAGCCAUUAAUGAAGAUCUUGACGAAGACGACGAAGACGACGACCAGGACUACAGCUUAUCUUCCAAUCAGUGGUAAAACUUCCAUCACUUUUGGAACAGCCAUUGGGCAAGAAAUACAAUGUCCAUACUGUACAUAAAUGUAUGCUUAUUUAUUUGGGGAAGAAAAAAGUAUACAUAUAGUUGAAUCUUGUAGACAUUUAUUUAUACUGUGUCAUGUUUUAUAAUUUAUACAUAAAAAAAUGUCCGAUUGACUGUACACCUUUUUUUUUUUUUUUGGAAGAAAUUUAAUCGUUAUGGGAUGAACAGUGUUAUUUAUUGUGAGGUCUCUUGCCUGUAUAGUAAAGCUUCUUCUUUUUUUCUUGUAAACUAUAAAUCCAUUCCUUAGAGCUUAUCCCCCCCAUCCCCGUCACAACUCUUCAUAGCCUUGUUUCUGCCAGUGUUAACUCUUUUCCACUUUAACAAAACUUUGCAUGUCAGUUUCCUGUUACAUUUUUAUUUAUUGCAUUUCCUUGCCGGUUCUGUACAUACAUCCACAAUCCCUCGGGUAUUUGUUUACAAGGAAUCUUGACUGACCAAAAGGCGCUGUAAACUGACUUAACUAUAGAUUCGGGGUGCAACGAGGCAGUCUUUAAGGAAACCUCUUCCCCUUGGUUAUCCCUUGGUUAUGUUCUUCUGAUUGAUUCUUGUUAUUGAGGUGAUCUCAGUGUACUGGACAUUUCUACUGUACUAUGAGAAUCCAAACCCAAAGAUCGGAUUAUGAAGGCCGUUAAUAGCUAUAUGGCUAAGUGUAAUGAGAGCAUAAUUUUUUAUUGAAAAAAAAAUACAUUGUCACAUGCAUCAACGUUUUAUUUGAUGUUUCCUUUAAGAUGGUCCUGCAGUUCCAUUUUUAAAAGUCCUUUUCAUUUCUCAUUCAAAGUCUUCACAGAAUAUUAUAUCAAAGCUUUAUCAGUUCAAGUUUCUUGCUUUUCAUAAUACUUUUUUGUUUCUGAGGCAAUUUUAUAUUUUCAAACAUGGCGAGUUAAAUAUAAAUUCAUUUAAAUAUAUAGUUUUGUACUUUUCUACCAUGUAAAUGUGCAAUGUAUAUAAAAGUUAUAAUGUGUAUUUGUAAAUAAAUUAUGAGUGAAAAAAAUAAAAAAAUGGAUUUCUUUUCCCUAUAAUACAUUGGCUUCAGUUAUUGGUUGCUUAAUGUGGUUCUUCCCCACCACCACCAAGGCUUUUUGAAUGUGGAGGGAGUUAGUUUCAGAGCUGGCUUCCCAACUUGGUACCCUUCAGGUGUUGAACUACAAUUCCCAUCAUCCCUCACCAUUAGCUUUGCUGGCUGGGAGGGAUGGGUGUUGCAGUCCGAAACAGCUGGAGGGCACCAAGUUUGCAAAUGCAGGUUGUUAUUUCGAGCCCCAGGAAUUGUCUGAAGGCCUGUCAACUUAAAACUAAGCACGUAUAGCCCUGGGCAGUGUCUGAAUGGAAGACCAUGAGGUAAAUAAUAAUAAUAAUAAUUUAUUAUUUAUACCCCGCCUAUCUGGCUGAGUUUCCCCAGCCACUCUGGGCGGCUCCCAAUUGAGUAUUAAAAACAAUACAGCAUUAAAAUCCCUUAUAUGCUACUUUGAGUUCCAUCAUGGAAGCAAAUUUGUACUUUUCUUUGUGUGUGAAAAAAAUAUCCCAAUCUAGCGCUGGAUGAACUCCAAGAGUUGGUGCUGACAGGGUUUCAAAAUGGCUGCUUGCCUCAUCACAUGUGGUGAGCAGGAAUAAGCCUCACAUGAUUGGGAAGGGAAGCAUUUAUAUGCUGGGAAACUGGUGGUGGUGGUUUUCUUUCAGAUGAACCAAAUAGAAGUGGACUAGUAAAAUAAUAUGUGGGCUAAGUAAUUUUUGCAGUAUUGGCUGGUGUGGAAGGGUCUCCCCACACCCUCCAAACACCAGUGUCGCUGCAGAUAACCUGGAUGGGGAUUGGGCAGGGCUAUGGUGGAGGCAAUCCAUCACUCCCACCUGAGUGAGCCACCCCCCAGAAUGUUUACAACCCCACUGCUCUGCCCUCUCAAGUUAAGUUCCAUACCACUACACUGGCCACUAGUGGUCUUCUGAAGACUUAUUUGCAGCACUACUUUAAACCUUAUAUUCUAAUGGUGAAUUUACUACUCCCACUAUGUGAUUUGGGGCCACAUUGGUGAUGACCAGUAGCAGAGAGCAAAGGAAAAAAAUUCACUGUGUGAUGGUACAAAUUCACAUAGUGGAUUCCAGUAGAUCAUUAGAAAUUGCCAUGAGAUUGCAGGCCUCUGGCAAAAUGCCUAGCAUAGGACUGGAGAAUCUGCAUCCCUCCAGAGAUGUUGCUGAUCACCCCUGACUAUUGGCUGAACUGACUGUGGACAGAGGUUGUAGGAUGAGAGUUGAGGUCCAACAACACAGGAACCAUUGGUUUCCCAUUUUUACAGCUCUGAGCCAUAGUAAACCUGAAGAAAUGAUAUCUGAACCUUAGUUCAUUGGGGGAUGUACAGUGGCAGAGGAACCCUCUCCGGCUCCCAGGGCAGCACAGCGCAUAUGGACUGUGCGUCCAUACGGACGGUGCGUGAGUGGCGCCCAUACGGACUGCUGGCUCCCUCGCUCGCUCUACAGCUGAGGGGAGGCAGGGGCCAUCUUGUCACCCCUCCCAGAGUGGCACCCAGGGCGACCCGCCCCCUCCGCCCCCCAUUCCUACACCACUGGGGAUGCAAAAGGAACACGGUUUGCGGCAAUACUGACAUUUCAAAAGUGAUCUAUUAGAGUUAUGGGAAAGUGGUAAACAAGCACAGGUCAAAUAAUUUUACCUGCUAUUAUUUAUUCAACCACGAUUGAGUAAAAGGGUUGUUCCACACAGAAUAAACGUUCCAUUCUGGUGCAAAGUCACAUUUAGAUUCUAGAAAAUUGUACUCUAACUUACUUCCAACGUCUCAUAUUGAGGCACCUGAGAACCAGUGUGCGGCAGUGUUUAGAAUGUUAAACUAGAACGUCAGAGAUCCAGGUUCAAAUCCUUACUCAGCCACAAAGCUCAUGGGGUGAACCUUUGCCCAGUCACGUUUUCUCAGUCAAACUCAACUCACAGGGUUGUUGUGAGAAUAAAAUGUGGGUUAUACAAUGCCCUCAGCUUCUCGAAGGAAGGCUGAAAUAUUAUAAUAAAUAUUGCAACAGUGACAGCGUUUGUUCCUCUUUAUGUCAUUAAGAGCUUAGUCCAGUUUCAAGAAUCCUUCCGGGGACUCUUUCUUUAUCCUGUAAAACCAUACAAUGUCAAUAUAACUAUGUAUUUUGCCUGCAUACAAUAAAGCUUUUAUUGGUGGA